AGUUCGUGUCUGUGAAAGCACUAACACUCCGUGGACGCGACCCCGUACAAUGCGAGGCCCGCCUGCACGAUAUCGUGGGUCGAGCGUUAAGUAUUCCGCGAAUACGUCAACGCGCAAUUUGAUUGUGCAAUAUUUAUGUGCAUGACCUCGCUUCUGAAAUUUCAACUCGGAUCCGAGUAACGGGCCUUCCUUCUCGGCAUCUCUACUGUCCAGUAUCCCUUUUCACUUUUUGUUGAUCAUGGUAGUGGGCAAACUCUCCUUUACAGCGCGGUACGCUCGUCAGCUCAUUCACGAGAGCAUUUCUCGCCAACUCUGCACUCUCCGCGAGUCUCACAAUACAGAACUACCUAUUCAUCUCUCAGGUCUAGGUGGUACGAACGAUACGUUGUCCGGCGCCAAUCGUCCUUCUGGAGCUCAUCUGGAUGCCAGCAUUCCUCUGAAUGUCAAAUUCUGUAUUGUUGGUGCUGGAGUAGCUGGGUUAUAUAUCGCCAUGAUUCUGAAAGAACUUGGUAUACAGUUCGAUCUCGUGGAGGCCUCGGACCAUGCUGGGGGACGUUUCUAUACCCAUAGAUUCAGUGAGACUCCCCAUGACUACUAUGACGUAGGGGCUAUGCGUUGGUCAGAAAUUCCGAUGAUGAAAAAAGCGCUUGCUCUAUUCGAAGAUUUGGAUGUUCCCUUGGUUCCCUAUUACGUGAAUGGUAAGAACACUUCGAUGAUGUUCAAUAGCAUCUUGGGCCCACCUAUGGACUCUUCGGAAUUCGACCCAUACAAGUUUAGUGUCACGAAUGGUGGCAUGGUCCCAGACGAGUUCGUGGCUACUGGAGUUCAGAAAAUCCUCGAGCAGGCGUCAGCACCCUACCUGCAACUUUUGAGGGAAGACUUCGAACAAGGUUUCCAAAGACUCAUGGAGGUAGACGACUACUCCAUUAGAGAAUACUUGCGCGUGUACAUGCAGCUUGAUUAUCAUACCAGUCAAUGGCUAGAGACAUAUAUUGCCCCCAGCGACUUCUUCGACCAAUCUUUUACCGAGUUUGUCAUUAUGAGCUCAGACUUCCACGAUCGGGAGGACUAUGGAUGGAAGUGCAUAGACGGCGGCUCGUCAGUUGCAAUUUCUGCUAUGCUGAACAGGAUUGCUCCCCAUAAACCUGAAUAUUGCACUUCGGCCACUCGCAUCGCUUUGAAUCGAACUCAUGCGAAAGUGGAAGUCAAAUUCGUCACUCCAUCGGGUCAAUCAUCCAUCCGUCAGUAUGACUCGGUUUUUAACACCACUCCCUUAAGUUGCUCACAAAGCAUGGACCUUGUUGACGCCGAGUUGCACCCUACACAAAGAGAUGCUUUGCGUUGUUUGCGAUACGAUACAUCCUGCAAGGUCGCAAUAAAGUUCAAGACCCCAUGGUGGAUUACACGGUGCGGCAUAACAGAGGGUGGUAUAUCGUUCGGUGAUAUUCCAAUCCGCACAUGUUGCUAUCCGUCCCAUAGUAUUCACGAUGACCCGAAGAAGCCAGCCGUGCUCAUCGCCUCAUAUACAAUUGGUCAGGAUGCUCAACGCAUGGGGACCCUGAUUAACCGGGACUCACCUUUUGGGGAGUCGCGGCUCAAGGAAGUUGUAUUGCGGGACCUUGCACGUUUACACGCCAGAUCUGGGAUUACCUACGACUUUUUGGCAGCACAAUACAUCACGCAUCACGCAUAUAAUUGGAGAGAUAACCCAUUCUCCGGUGGGGCAUUUGCGAUAUUUGCGCCGGGACAGUUCAGGCACAUGUACCCGUACCUCGCGCGUCCUGCUGCUGACGGUAAAUUGCACUUUGCGGGGGAGGCCUCGAGUGCGCAUCAUGCAUGGGUUGUGGGUGCGCUUGAGUCGGCGCAACGAGCUGUCAUACUCUCGUUACUGAGGUUCGGACGGCGGGACUUGGCAAAGAAGGUGGAAGAACGCUGGGGGCCUUCGUCCGAGCUAGAUUGGGAAGGACAGGAAACCGCAUAUGUGCAGGCGAUGCUUGGUCGCCUGGAACCAAAUUGUAUAGCCAAGAUGAAAACCCCAGAGAGCUAUAUCGACCCAGAUGAGUAUCAUGAUUUCGAGGACGAUAAGUCUAGUACUUCCGUUACCAAUGAGCCUGACAGUGACAAGUUAUCUGUGCGAUCUGGAAGAUGUUGCAUAGCAUGAUAGGUCUUGUGAGAAUAUUUCCGAGUCCCUGAUGCCUCGAGGAGUUGGUAUAAAUAAAAUAUGACACUCAUUGUUGUGAUGACUACACUGCCAGAAAAAU